AUGGAUAUCGAUCUUAGACUACAUUCAGGUGACCUCUGCAAGGAAGAUGAUGAGGAUAGGGGACUUGAUAAUGUGUUGCAGGAUGAACACAAGCUUCAUGAUGCUGACGAAGAUAUGGAUAUCGGCAAAAUUGAGGAUGUCACGGUCGACGUACAUACUGAUGGCAGCGCAGGCAUGUGUGUACCAACGGGGGAGUUGGUUGAGUACACAGAAGGUGUGAAUCUUGAACCUCUCAAUGGUAUGGAAUUCGAUUCACACAGUGAAGCGUAUUCUUUCUACCAGGAGUAUUCUCGAGCUAUUGGUUUUAACACUGCAAUACAGAACAGUCGUCGAUCGAAAACAACAAGAGAGUUUAUUGAUGCAAAGUUUGCUUGCUCUAGGUAUGGUACCAAAAGAGAGUAUGACAAAUCAUUUAGCCGGCCACGAGCUAGGCCAACCAAGCAAGACCCUGAGAAUAUGGCUGGUCGGCGAACAUGCGGCAAAACCGACUGCAAAGCCAGCAUGCAUGUUAAGAGAAGGCCGGAUGGGAAAUGGGUAAUUCACAGCUUUGUGAGGGAGCAUAAUCAUGAGCUUUUGCCUGCACAAGCUGUGAGUGAACAGACUAGAAAGAUAUACGCUGCUAUGGCUAAGCAAUUUGCGGAAUACAAAACUGUUAUCAGCCUGAAAAGCGAUUCGAAAAGCUCUUUUGAAAAAGGUCGGAAUUUAUCAGUGGAGACAGGGGAUUUCAAAACCCUGCUUGACUUCUUGUCACAGAGGCAAAUUUUGAAUUCCAACUUCUUUUAUGCGGUAGAUCUUGGUGAUGAUCAGCGAGUGAAGAAUGUAUUUUGGGUAGAUGCAAAGAGCAGGCAUAAUUAUGGCAGUUUUUGUGAUGUGGUUUCUCUAGACACCACCUACGUGAGAAACAAGUACAAGAUGCCACUUGCUAUUUUCGUUGGAGUGAAUCAGCACUAUCAAUAUAUGGUCCUUGGGUGUGCCUUAAUAUCCGACGAGAGUGCUGCUACGUUUUCUUGGUUAAUGGAGACCUGGCUGAAAGCGAUGGGAGGACAAGCUCCAAAGGUUUUGAUCACUGAGCAAGACCCUAUUAUGAACUCUGUUGUUUCCGAGAUCUUCCCCAACACUCGACAUUGCCUUUUUCUUUGGCAUGUAUUGAUGAAGGUUUCUGAGAAUCUUGGUCAAAUUGUUAAGCAACAUGAACAUUUUACACCAAAGUUUGAGAAGUGCAUCUUUAAAUCAUGGAAAGAGGAAGACUUUGCGAGAAGAUGGUGGAAGAUUCUUGCUAAAUUUGGCCUGAAAGAAGACCAAUGGAUGCAUUCGUUAUAUGAAGACCGCAGGAAAUGGGCUCCCAUCUACAUGACUGAUGUUUUUUUGGCAGGGAUGUCUGCAUCUCAAAGAGCUGAUAGUAUUAAUGCUUUUUUCGACAAGUACAUGCAUAAGAAGACUAGUGUACAUGAAUUUGUGAAACUAUAUGAUACAAUCCUGCAAGAUAGAUGUGAAGAAGAAGCCAAAGCUGAUUCUGAAACGUGGAACAAGCAGCCAGCAAUGAAGUCUCCAUCGCCAUUUGAGAAGAGUGUUUCUGAAGUCUAUACUCCUGCCGUAUUCAAAAAAUUCCAGAUUGAAGUUUUGGGUGCAAUUGCCUGCAGUCCCAGGGAGGAGAAUCGAGAUGCAACAUGCUCUACUUUUAGAGUUCAGGAUUUUGAAAACAAGCAGGACUUUGUGGUAACAUGGAACCAAACAAAGGCUGAAGUCUCUUGCAUCUGUCGGUUAUUUGAGUAUAAAGGCUAUCUCUGCAGACACACGCUUAAUGUUCUUCAGUGUUGUCAUCUUUCUUCCAUCCCCUCACAGUACAUAUUGAAACGGUGGACAAAAGAUGCAAAAAGCCGGCAUUUUUCAGGAGAACCUCUGCAGUUGCAGACUAGGCUGCAGCGGUAUAACGAUUUGUGCCAACGAGCACUAAAGCUGAAUGAAGAGGCAUCCUUCUCUCAAGAGAGUUACAAUAUUGCAUUCCUUGCCAUUGAAGAAGCUUUGGGAAAUUGUGCUGGUAUAAAUACUUCUGGCAGAAGUCUUCCAGAUGUGGUCACGUCACCAACACAAGGUCUGAUUUCCAUCGAGGAGGAUAAUCAGAGCAGAAGCGCAGGCAAGACGGGCAAGAAAAAGAAUCCAACUAAGAAAAGAAAAGUGAACUCGGAGCAAGAGGUUAUGCCAGUUGCAGCGCCAGAAAGCUUGCAGCAGAUGGAUAAGUUGAGCCCAAGGACAGUUGGCAUAGAAAACUAUUAUGGAACACCGCAGAGCGUGCAGAAUAUAGUCCAGCUGAACUUAAUGGCGCCAAAUCGCGAUAAUUUCUAUGGGAAUCAACAGACAAUUCAAGGAUUGCGACAGCUGAACUCGAUAGCCCCAAGCUAUGACAGCUACUACACUCCUCAGCAAGGCAUCCAUGGACAGGGAGUAGAUUUCUUCCGUCCCAAUUUUCCUUACGAUAUCCGGGAUGAUCCUAAUGUGAGGACUACACAGUUGCAUGAGGACGCGGCUAGACACUCAUGA